UGGAGAGGGCAAGGGAAGAGCGGUUCCAAUUUGCCCAAACAGACAUAGAGGGCAUGGAAGGGGCAGACUGGGAGAUGCCCACAGGGCCAGUGCAGUUCUGGUACAGAGAGCAGAGCUCCUCCCAAGAGCUAUCAGAGCCAGAGAACAACAGUCCAGAGCAUGUCUGCCAUGAAGGUGAGACAGUCCCCACACCCCCAGGAGGGCAAGGAGAGCGCCACACAGUGCCAGCCCUGCGCAGGCUGCAAUGGGCCCCACAUGGGCUACCUGAUGGAAGAGGCAGGGCUUGUGCAGAGGGGCUAAGUAAUCCAGGCCAGAAGGAGAAGAAAGGCCCUGGAGAAGCCCCUUUGGAGGUAGCUCCUUCCAAAUGGGAGGUGCCCUUGGACGUGUCCUGCCCCUCACGGGGAGCAGGGUCUGAUGAGCAGGGUUCCCAGGUUGGAGACACUGUUGCACCAUGGUCUUAUCUCAUCCCAUCUCCUGGGACACACUGCGAGGCCGGCAACGCCAGGGGCACUCUUGGGACAAUGUGGUUGCACCUGGAGCCCAGAGAGGGGCUCAGAAGUGAGGCUGGGUUUGCCUUAGACUUGUCAAGGACCCUGAGCUGGGAUAAUGCCAGAGCCUGCGUAGCCUGUCUGGCCGACCCAAGGGGAGCCCCUGAGAACGAUGGACGAGAGGAUUGCAGGGAAGAGGAGCCAAGGGCUGACGGCAAACCACACGCCCCGCCCACAGGGAGCUCCCGCACGUGUGGCUCUCAGGACGCUGUAUGUCCCCAAGUGUGGGACAGCAAAGACUCAGGGCCAGCCUUGCUCUCCAGUGGGGAGGUUCCUGCUUCGUGGGCAGCAGGUGGGGGCUCCAUGCUCCACGGGCCCCGCCGGACACUGACGCUGCCCCUCCAGGAGGAUGACUCCUUUGAAAUGGAAGAGGUGCAAAGCGCCAGUGAGGAUGAGUAUGGUGCCCCCGAGGCAGACGCCUGGUUGCCUGCACCAGCCUUGCCAAGACACCGGAGAAGUUUCAUGCUCCAUGCCCACAGUGCACAGUCUGACAGCAGCGGUUUCGUGGAGGAGCCAGUGCCCGACUUGACGCCCAGCACCCAGCUUCCUGGCACGGCCGGCUCCCCGCUCUGCAGGCCAAUGGAGGGUCCAUGUGACACAGGGCAGGUCUCCCUGGAUGAGAAUUCAUCUGAGCAGCAAGGAGACACCAGCUGUCUCCAGGUCACACACGGCUUCGCAGCCCAUCCCAAGCCCCUUCUGGAGCUAUGACAGGGUCUGGACAUGUCCCUUAGGGCAGCAGGAUGAUGGCUUCCUGGGUCAGGGGGAGCUAGAUCCCCCGCACUCUGUGUCAUGGGGCAUGGAACAGUGCCUGGCCUGGGAAGAGCCCAGGCGUGCAGAGUGGGAGGAGGGGCACUGCUCCCCAGAGCAAGCUUGGCAGGGGAAAGCCACCUGCCAGGCAGCCAUGGUGACCCAGAGGGGCAGGGUGUGGUGGGCUUGUGGGGACAGCUCUGGGGUUUAAAAAAGAAAAGUGGACUCAGAACUUCUGCCAAAAGCAGCAAAUUGUCCUUCCUCCCCCAGCCCCUGGUUCACCGGCACCAUCAGCAACACUUGGGCACCGCCAUGAUUUGCCAGAGUAACAGUCAGAUGGAGUUAUGGGGUUUCACUUGUCUUUGUUGUGUGCCCCCUGCUGGCACAAAUUGCUCCACGGAUCCAUGGGGUCUAGGGCUCACCGCUCACACCCUCACUAGCACUUUGGGACUGGUUUUGUUACUCACGCUGUAGCGCUUGCAACACUAGGACAGCUGGAUAGUGCCCAGCAACAGUCCAUGCACACUGUAAAUAAACACA